CCCUUCUUCUCCUCCUCUGCUCUCACUCACAAUUCAAUCACAGAUUCUUGCAGCACGUUGUAACGAACCCAUGUCUCCCUGCAUCUUUCUUCCCCAUGUUCGUUUAAACUUUCUCUAUCAAUAAAUCAGAACUAGGAGAAUAGAAAACCUAUACGGUUCGGAGUUACGGACUGCAAAUGAGAAGGCUUUCGAUUUUGGUAUCUCCGGCGUUCGUUCACCGGACCUCUCAAUUCCGUUGCAAUGCUCUGCGUUUCUACUGUAAUCGCCCCCAUCCUGGAGUGCUUGCAUAUUAUAGGAGCCUUGUUGAUCAAGGGAAGCUUCAGCAUGAUCCUUACCAAGAAAAGAUUGCAUGUGAACUAGAAAAUCUGCUUGGAAGAUUGCAGCAGUAUGAGAAGGAAAUGGAGGAAUAUCAUUUUAAUCUUGCAAAUUGGGAGGAGAGAAGGGAAAAUGAACGACGCAGGCUUCUUAUGGAGGAGGCAGAACAGCAAGAUAUGUCAAAACCUGUAAACAAGAGUCCUAAUAUUUUUCAAAAAUGGAUGUCUAGGAAAAAACCAGCAAAUGUGGAACCAGGAGUGGGAAAAUGGGUUUCAUAUCUAAACCGUGAAAGGAAGUUAGAUUCAGUAGUUGGUCGCCGUCCAAGUGCUCCUCCUGCACCAAAAGGACUAUAUCUUUAUGGGAAUGUUGGAAGUGGGAAAACAAUGCUUAUGGAUAUGUUUUAUGCCGCCACAGAAGGAAUUGUGAAACAUCGAAGAAGGUUUCACUUUCACGAGGCUAUGCUUGAUAUUCAUCAACACAUGCAUAGGACAUGGAAGGAUCAGUUGGAACAGAAAUCUCUACAGUCAAACAUUGCUGGUUGGAUCACGAAUCUUCCUUUUGAUACAAAAGUCAAAGAAUGGAUAGCUGCUGAAGAAAAAUACAAGCAAGAGAUUCAAAUGAAGAACAUCCUUCUUGAUGUUGCUGAUAAAUUUCUCGUCAACCAGGAGGGGAACAAGAGAGGAUCAAGCAUUCUUUGCUUUGAUGAAAUACAGACUGUUGAUGUUUUUGCCAUUGUGGCCUUGUCUGGAAUUGUAAGCAGAUUGUUGAGUACUGGAACUGUUCUUGUGGCAACCAGUAACCGUGAACCAAGAGACUUAAAUCAGGAUGGUAUGCAGUGGGAAAUCUUUGACAAGUUAGUAGCAAAACUUGAGGAACACUGUGAAUGUGUUCUGAUUGGAAGUGAAAUAGAUUAUCGCCGUCUUAUAGCUCAAAGAUCUACUUAUCAGGUUCACUACUUUUGGCCUCUGGAUAGCAAAAGUAAACAACAGUUUGAGGACAUGUGGAAUGAGGUCAUCAAACAGUCUGGUGGACAGGUUACUUCUAAGACUGUUCAAGUGAUGUUUGGAAGAACCUUGAAUGUUCCUGAGAGCUGCAAUGGGGUGGCACGAUUUACAUUUGAAUAUCUAUGUGGCCGACCGAUUGGAGCAGCAGAUUAUAUUGCCAUAGCCAACAACUAUCACACAGUCUUCAUCUCAGACAUUCCUAUAAUGAGUAUGCGCAUUAGGGACAAGGCUAGGAGGUUUAUCACCCUGAUUGAUGAAUUAUACAAUCACCAUUGCUGCCUCUAUUGUUCUGCGGAAUCUUCUAUAGAUGAUCUAUUUCAAGGAACAGAAGAAGGAACAUUAUUUGAUUUGGAAAGUUUCCAAUUUGAAACAGAAAUAGAAGGUGGGAAACUUCGGCGAGAUGUUUUAGCUGAAGGUAGUGUUAGUUCAGGUGGCUCACCAACUGGUAUUAUUUCCCUGCUUUCUGGUCAAGAGGAGCUGUUUGCAUUUAGACGAGCUAUUUCCCGCUUGAUUGAAAUGCAAACUCGUUUCUACCUCGACGGCACUCGCCAUCUUCAUCCAUAUUUUCAGUCGCGAGAUGGAAAUCUUGCGCACAUUGGUGACAACUAAUGCCCAUUCAAAAAGAGUUAGUUGUGUUAUAUGCCUUAUCUUUCUAAACAUUCUUGUUCCUUUUUAUCAUCCUUUCGUCCAAUUCAUUGUCCUGUUGCUAAGUUUUCCUGGGACAGCACACAAUGCAUAUCACAUCCCCGGUUGAAAGAUUCUGAGAAUGUUUCAGCGAUAGCAAUAAAAGAUCAACAAUUCAUUCUUCUUCUUUGUAUGAAGAUGUGUAAUUGAAUCAUUUGUACUGAUUAUUACAGGUAUUUAUCUUCUACCUAUUCUUAUUG